AUGGUCUUGGUUCCAGAUGAGACCUCUGCAGCGGUUACGACCAGGGCAAAAGCCGUGUUACAGCCAAAAUCAUGGGGAAUAGGGACUAUGGUCGCCGGUGACACGCGACUGGGGUCAGGAAGGGACUUGCAAGCUUGCCACGGUCUUGGGGGGGGGCAGGUCACAGUUAUGGAGAGGCUCAGUGACGAGGGAAAUGCUGACGAGUGUGGAUUAGGGCUGGAAAUGGGAGGCUUGGUGAGAAAUGUAGAUGUGGGAGGUGUAGGAUGGGAAUGA